CUCCCCGGACCCUGCAUUCACUAUAUCUGGUCUCCCCGGACCCUGCAUUCACUAUAUCUGGUCUCCCCGGACCCUGCAUUCACUAUAUCUGUCCUCCCCGGACCCUGCAUUCACUAUAUCUGGUCUCCCCCCAGGACCCUGCAUUCACUAUAUCUGGUCUCCCCGGACCCUGCAUUCACUAUAUCUGGUCUCCCCGGACCCUGCAUUCACUAUAUCUGGUCUCCCCGGACCCUGCAUUCACUAUAUCUGGUCUCCCCGGACCCUGCAUUCACUAUAUCUGGUCUCCCCGGACCCUGCAUUCACUAUAUCUGUCCUCCCCGGACCCUGCAUUCACUAUAUCUGGUCUCCCCGGACCCUGCAUUCACUAUAUCUGGUCUCCCCGGACCCUGCAUUCACUAUAUCCGUCUCCCCGGACCCUGCAUUCACUAUAUCUGGUCUCUCACAGUACACACAACAUGGAAAUGCAAUUAUUUUAUUAAAUAUAAACUGCUA